CAUCUUGUGCUAAAAGUAAAGAAGGAGGGGGGCCGAAUUAAAAAAGGUGACAGAUCGGAGGAGGGGAUAAAAUCCCUAGCCGCCUCCUUCGUUCCCCUUUGAGCCUGGCACACAUCUCUCUCCCUCAUCCCUCCUUCUCCACAUCCGGCCGCCGCCGCGGCCAGGCCGGUGUGGCGGCGCGCCAUCCAUCACCAGCACCACCGCACCCCAGCGCGCCACCAACACCUCCACCAUCGCCCUGCGCCUCCAUCAAUCACCUGCGCCAUCCAUCACCAGCACCACCGCACCCCAGCGCGCCACCAACACCUCCACCAUCGCCCUGCACGUCCAUCCAUCACCCGCGCCAUCCAUCCACCGCCAUCCACAGCGCCGCCUCAUCACCUCGCGCCGCCGCCCAUCCAUCUCCUUGCUGCUCCUCUCUCUUGCAACUCAUGCUGCUGUUCUUCUUCCUCUUUUCCUAACCUUGCUGCUGCUCAGAACCAUAACUUGUUGCUGCCACUUCUUCUCUGAACCCAACACUGCUAGUUUAUCCUCCUAAUCUUCUCUGAACCCCAGCUUGCUGCUCUUGCUUCCUCCCUUACCUCUGCUGCUGCUCCUUCCUAUGCGCCCCUGCUGCUCUUCUUGCGCCCAAGCUACUGCUCCUUCUUCUCUUCCUCUACUGUUGCUCUCUCAACCCUCCAUGCUGCAGCUGCUGCUCUGAACUCCAACCUCCUGCUGUCUCUCUUCUCUGAACUUCUCCUUUCUUUACUGCUGCGUGUGUGUAAUUUUGCGAACUAUUAGUGUUGAGACUUGAUCAACUAGAUUUUGUACUAGUGCAAUAUUUGUGCCCUGUCCGUUAGUUAGUGAUUUGUAAAACUUCAGAUUGCUUCUUGUGAAUUAUGCGUUGAACUUUAAGGAUGGUUGAUAGCUCCAGUGCAUGUGAUUUUUAUAUUGUCUCAGUUUCUUGUGAUAAAUGUACUUGUGAAUUGUGAUGUGAAGCAUUUCUAGUCUGUAGUAUAAUAUUGUUUCUUCCAUCUUCUUACAUGUUAGAUGGUUAUAUGUGUACAUGUCUUGCAUCUUCUCGGUGUGUAUUUUAAUUCCUCAAGUAUAAUAAAAAUACCAAAAAGACAGUGAAGAAAAUCAGAACCUUCCUUUGCCUUUUUUUGCAUUUUCUUUGGUGACGAUCUUUGGGUACAACCUUGUUAGUUUAGUUUUUUUAUUUUCUGCAUUCAUCUCUUAAAAUUGUGUUACCUAGCUUUAGCCAAGCAUAGUCGUCGUCGCCUAGUCCCUGUGGAGAACACGACAUCCGUAGUUUGGGGCGUAAAAAACCCCGCUAUCCUCAACUGAUCAUUUUGGCGCCGUUGUCGGGGACUAGUGUCAAGUGACCGUGUUAGGCUAUAGACUAGGUUUUUCUUAUUUUCAUCUUGUGCCAUUUAUUUGUGAUAUAUUUCUAGCCACUAACCCCUGUUUUAGUUAGUAUCUUUUUGUCUUCUUUUCCUUUUUUGCAGGUUGGAUUAUCUUCUCGGAAAUGGCAUUCUAUUCAGAUCAUCAGGCUUAUGCAAGCAACACAACAAACAACACGGAAAGUAUUCAAGAAUUGAUAAGUAAGAGUUCCCAUCAACUAGAUGAUUUAGCUCGGCAGCGAGAAGUAGCUUUUGAGGAUAGGCCUAGUUCUUACGAUCCUUAUUCCAGAGGCCAUCCUUAUGUUGUUCCUACUUGCCAUAUUUGUGGAUUUCAGGGCCAUUCGCCCGCUGAAUGUCAGCAUGGUUAUUCUCACACUCCAGAUUGUUAUGGCAUGAGCUUUGCCCCACAGCCUAGCUCAUACCAAAACAAUUACACACAUGGGUGGCUUGAAAACCAGAAUAUGUCAUAUAGGAGCAAUAACCCUGAGAUCUCAUCGUUUGCCUCUAGUUAUCCAAUGCAGGGAUUUAGGUAUGAAGAGGAGAGCCACAACUAUGCUCCACAACAGAUUUAUUCAGCUCCUACUCAUAUACCUCAACACUAGGACAUGUUGCCAAUGGAGUUAAAUGGUCCUCCAUUUGGUCAACCAACAUCUUCAACACAAGUACCCACACAAGAUGACUUUGAUGAUAUAGACAAGCUCACAUUGCUUGGUCUCGAGUUCACUUGGAGUGCCGAAGAUUAUCCAAUUAGGCCGGUGAUACUAGAGGAAAUGAAGAAGAUUAAGAGUGGAAAGGAGCUAGUGGAAGAAGUAAGGAAGAUUGAGAAGAACAUCAACGCUGGCAGUACUAUAUCAUCACAGUUUGAGUUGAGUGUGGCUGAGAUAUCCAUUGAUACAUGUGAGGUUCCAACACUUUCACAUUCAGCUGAGCAAGAUAGCGAGAGUCCAGAGGAAGAGAUACUUCAGAUCCAAGAAGAAAUUCUCGAAGCCAAGGCACAAGAUGAUCCAGAGCUCGAACAACAAAGUGAUCAAGUUGAAGACUCAUCAUCUAUUACUCUUGAAGAAGCAAAAGAAGUUGAUGUGAUUGAAGAUGAAGAACUAGAAACGCAUUUGCCCAUCGUCAUACAGGAGCGUGCUUUAGCAGGUUCGAGGUGACAUUCCUUGGGACCCUGGUGGGCUCAGAGCAUGGGGAUGAGGAGAAGCAAGGGGGCACACACGAGGAAGAGUGAAGCUGGAGCAGGCAUGGGGAUAGAGAAGCAAAAAGAGAAGAGCUGCAGUUUAGAGAGCGUUGAGCGAGUGCUACUUCCUAUAUAAACCCGGUGAGCUGUUUCAUGACCCGAAUCUUAAUAUAUCAUCCAUUGAUACAUGCUGAAAUCAUUUGAUAUUUGGGUUGCUUGAGCCAUUUCUUAAAUGUCGUCCCACUGAAUUUUACCUUUGACAUAUGGUGCUUGACGAGAAUAUGCGAACUGAUUGUUGAAUGCCAUGUAAACUAGUGAUGUACACAAUGCUUGCUUUGCUGAAAGUAGUGAAAGCUACUAGUUUUGAGUGCUCAAAUCCCUAGUACACUAGAAAACUUAAUCAUUUUUUGCUUUUACCUCGAUACACCUAGAUCACCAUGUUUAGAUGCUGAAUUUGUGCCAAGUGUCUUCCCAUUGAGAGCAAUCACCUAACCACUAUGGAUUAGCGUGCUAUGUUCCCUGGAUCGGUAGCAUGUGAACCAGACAUGGAGAAGUGAUGAUUCCUGUUUUUGUUCUUAUGCGUUGUUCAUUUAAGAUAAGUAAUAAUGAAUAAAUAAGCCUGGCUACCUACAGUAGCAUGUCAUGUUCCCGGGAUCGGUGGCAUGUGAAAUCGGGUUAGCUUGGGCAGUAAUUAAUAAUAAUAAUAAUGUAAUUGUCGAACC